AUGAAUUUGCGGGAGAUUUCGACAGACAACACAGCCGAGAAUAAGGACCAAAGGCUGGAAUCAUACGUGCCGUUUCCACAACCAAACGAAACAAGCAAACCGCCAGUAGAUGCGUACCAAUCACAGGAUUCAGAUAAUCCCCCGCGUUGUACCAUCCUGUGCAAAAUAUGUGGCAAAACGUUUCUCGAUCAGUACUUCCUUCGUCGACACCAGUUGGUGCACAGCAAGCUAAAACCUUUCCAGUGCGACAAGUGUUUGAAGUCCUUUGCGCAAAAGAAUAAUCUUGUGAAGCAUAUGCUUGUUCAUUUGCGGGUGAAGAACUUUCAGUGCAGUCUCUGUCCCAUGAAGUUUGUACAGAAGGAAAAUCUGCAAGCGCACGUUAAAAACAUCCACCCGGCGCUGGACGAUCCGUUGUUGCAAAGCCGUUACGUGUGCCAGAAAUGUCCUUCGGUGUUUAAAACCUCCGGCCGGUUACAGGCACACCGUGCACGGAUUCACGGUGAGAUGGUAAUUUUCGAUCAGUGCUUGAAGCCGUCAACGUCCGCUCGAAAGAAAGAACAACAUACGGCGGCAGCUUCGGCUGAGCAAGACCCGGUACUAAAUGGGGAAAUUGUGCACAGAAUUAUUAAAAGCCGUCGUACCGAGCACAUGAAAGGAAGGACCGAUAAACGCCAGUUUGUGUGCGACGUAUGUGAGGCAGCGUUCACCAAAUCAGCCUACCUAACACAACACAGGAUAUCGCACACCGGUAUUAAACCGCAUCGUUGCAAUAUCUGCAACAAAACGUUCACCUCCAAACAGUCGUACGGUACGCACAGGAAACUGCACGCGAAAACGCUACGUCUGUUCAAUUGUGAUAAGUGUCAGGAAACGUUUAAUCGCUUUGCCUCGCUGAAACGACACCAACUGAUGGUGCACUGCGAACAGCAACACUAUUUCCGUUGUCCUUAUUGUGAGAAAAAAUUGCGCUGGCUGCAGAAUGCCAGGACACACAUAAAAACUUUUCACUCGAAAGCAUCAUCGGCAGAUGAUGAAGAAUUGCUUGAGCCAGUCAAAGAACGGGUAUCCGGCAAUUGA